CUUCCAGAAGCACCAGAAGUCGCUGGUCUGCUCCUCUUAAGUGAACUUCCUUUAUAUCCCUUGCUCUAAUACUUUCCUUCACUCCAAAAUACCCAAAACCCCCGAAAUCCAAAUCGUCCCUCCAAACAAAUAGAAGCGUACAAAUACCUAUCCUAUGGCCGACGAAGCCAAAGCUAAAGGCAACGCCGCCUUUUCUUCCGGCGAUUUCAACACUGCAAUCAAACACUUCACCGAAGCUGUAAACCUUGCGCCGACCAACCACGUCCUUUACUCUAACCGAUCCGCCGCUUACGCUUCUCUUCAUCAAUACGAUGCCGCAUUAUCCGACGCCAAAAAAACUGUGGACCUUAAACCGGACUGGUCGAAAGGUUACAGCCGGCUUGGUGCGGCUCACUUAGGUUUACACCAAUACCAAGAUGCUGUUUCAGCCUAUAAAAAGGGUCUCGAGAUCGAUCCUAAUAAUGAAGCCUUAAAAUCCGGCUUGGCUGAUGCUCAAGCGGCGGCGACGGCGACGGCUUCGGCUUCCCGAGCUAGGGCAGCGCCGCCACCUAGCCCGUUUGGUGAUGCUUUUCAGGGCCCGGAGAUGUGGGCGAAGUUGACGGCGGAUCCGACGACCAGGGUUUAUUUACAGCAGCCGGAUUUUGUUAAGGCGAUGCAGGAGAUUCAGAGAAAUCCUAGCAAAUUGAACGAGUAUUUAAAAGAUCAGAGAGUUAUGCAAGCUUUGGGGGUUUUGUUAAAUGUUAAGUUUAAGGCGCAUGGUGCUGGGGAUGACAUGGAAAUUCCAGAGGCGGAUUCACCACCUCCUCCACCGCCUUCACAGCCGGCUAAGGAGGAGGUGCGGAAGCCAGAGCCUGAGCCGGAACCAGAACCGAUGGAAAUUACAGAAGAGGAGAAGGAGAACAAGGAGAAGAAGGAGAAAGCUUUAAAGGAGAAGGAGGCUGGAAAUGCUGCAUAUAAGAAGAAGGACUUCGAGACGGCUAUUCAGCAUUACACGAAAGCAUUGGAGCUUGAUGACGAGGAUAUUUCGUACCUCACCAAUCGAGCUGCUGUUUAUUUGGAGAUGGGCAAGUAUGAGGACUGCAUUAAAGAUUGUGACAAGGCUGUUGAAAGAGGUAGAGAGCUUAGAUCAGACUUUAAGAUGAUAGCAAGAGCUUUGACUAGGAAGGGAACUGCUUUGGUGAAAAUGGCGAAAUGCUCACAAGACUAUGAACCAGCUAUUGAGACUUUCCAGAAAGCUCUUACAGAGCAUCGCAACCCGGAAACGUUGAAGAAACUAAAUGAUGCAGAAAAAGAAAAGAAGGAUUUAGAGCAACAAGAGUAUUUUGAUCCAAAGAUGGCUGAUGAGGAGCGUGAAAAAGGGAAUGAAUGUUUCAAGCAGCAGAAGUACCCAGAGGCUGUGAAGCAUUAUACAGAGUCGUUAAGAAGAAAUCCCAAUGAUCCAAAGGCAUACAGCAAUAGAGCUGCAUGCUACACAAAAUUGGGUGCCUUGCCAGAGGGAUUGAAGGAUGCUGAGAAGUGCAUUGAGCUUGAUCCAACAUUUUCCAAGGGUUACACAAGAAAGGGUGCUGUUCAGUUCUUCAUGAAGGAGUAUGAAAAAGCUUUGGAUACAUACCAGGAAGGGUUGAAACAUGACCCUAAUAACCAGGAAUUGCUUGAUGGUGCUAGAAAAUGUGUACAACAGAUUAACAAAGCAAACCGUGGUGAUUUGAGCCCUGAAGAGUUGAAGGAAAGACAGGCGAAGGCAAUGCAAGAUCCGGAAAUUCAAAACAUUCUCUCAGAUCCUGUCAUGAGACAGGUGUUGAUUGAUUUCCAGGAAAAUCCAAAGGCGGCACAGGAGCACAUGAAGAAUCCGCUGGUAAUGAACAAGAUUCAAAAGCUGGUCAGCGCUGGCAUUGUCCAGAUCAGAUAAAUGUGAGGGAAAGUUUUCCCUUAUUUGUUUUACCCGUUCAGUAAAUUUGUACUUUUGCAGGGUGAAUUUGAAUGGUCUAAUUUGUAAAAACUAUUAAUUUCAGUUGGAAAUUUUCUAAAGUUUGGUUGUUAGCUCGGCUGUGAACCUCUUUUCAUAAGACUCUGUGUUCCUUCUAUGCUUCACUGGAUGCUCUUGCUUCGGUUGUUAAAAGGCCUCUCCCCUACUGUCUGGCAGAUCAUCAACCGUGACCAGGGGACUGAUCAAUUUCUUCAGCACAGAGGAGUAUCACUGCUGUUCUGUCUGGUCUUUCAUUUUAUGUGCGUGGGCAUCCAGAAAUUAACUUUAAUGACACUUGUUUGCCUUA